ACACGCAGAAGCAAUCGGAAGAAACUAGCGCAACCAUGAGUAGCAGGAGGGUGCUUGGAUUGGAUAAAACUCCAAACUAUGUUGGGGAAGAUGAGUAUGUGUACACUAUAAAGCUAUAUUAUGGAGGUGUUCUAGUUGUACAUCCUUAUUUAGACUAUUUGGGAGGAAAGGUGGAAUAUUUUGAUUAUUGGCCUGGUGAUCAUGGUUCUAUGUUAGGUUUAAGACAAAUGAUUAAAUCAUUGAGAUAUGAUGAUAGAAAAGUUCAAUUUUGGUAUAAAUAUGGGGAUUGCACCUCACUUAAAAUAAGGAGAAUAGAUAGAGAUAAGGAUGUGAUUGACCUUAAUUUUGAGAUACCUAAAAACAAAGAAGUAGAGAUAAUUGUUGAGCAUUUGGAGAAGGAAAACUGGAACUAUGAUGUUAAUGUAGACUACUACAUUGAUGAAGAGUUGCAGAAGAUAUAUGAGAGGGUGAAAUGUCAUGAUAAUAGCAAAGAAUUAGAGGUUGAAUCACAGAAGUAUGCAAGUAUGGAAGAGAAGAAAAUCAGUUUGGUGCUACAAACAAUACUGCAAUAGAAGAGAAUCAGUUUGGUGCUAGAUUUGAAGAAGAUGAUGAAAUGGACUAUGUAAUUUCUGAAGAUGAACUUAGAAGGUUAUCUUCUGAUUCAGAAACUGAGUCUGCAAAACCUUCUUUAGUUUAUAGGGAAGGGGAUGUGAAGAAACCAGUGUUCCAAUGGCAAGUACACAUGAUUUUUUCUAAUCACAAAGAAUUUAAGUGGGCAGUUGAA